AUGUUGAAUACGAUGGAGUUGGUGAAACAAGAUGGGAAUGAUUCUAUGGAUAUACUUAUCAGACGCGCGUUACCAAACCAAACCGAUGAAGGGUAUAGUGCACCUGAAGUAUCAAUGUCAGGUCAAUACUCUUUGAAGAGUGAUGUGUACAGUUUUGGAGUAGUGAUGCUUGAGCUUUUAACCAGGAGGAAACCAUUUGACAGAACAAGGUCAAGAUCUGAGCAGUCACUGGUUAGAUGGGCGACACCACAGUUUCAUGACAUUGAUGCUUUAGGAAAAAUGGUUGAUCCAGCUCUUGAAGGGCUUUAUCCUGUUAAAUCUCUCUCUAGAUUUGCAGAUGUCAUUGCUCUCUGCGUCCAGCCGGAGCCGGAGUUUAGACCACCAAUGUCUGAAGUUGUGCAGUCACUGGUUGUGUUAGUGCAGAGAGCUCACAUGAGCAAGAGAACUAUUGGAGUUGAUCUAUCACAACGUUCUGGAAGUGCUGAGACAACCAACAAUUACAUGUAA